AUGGGACUUGCCGGUACAAAAGUAAAACAAAAAUUUGGUCUAGAUCCUAGGAACACAAAUUGGUCCAAUGACACUGGAAGAUUUGGACACCAGUAUUUAUCCAAAAUGGGUUGGGCACCUGGUUCAGGUCUUGGACUAGUUAAGGACUCAUUAACUACUCACUUAAAAAUUCAUAUAAAGACAGACAAUGCAGGACUUGGGGCCAAAUUGAAAAAAGCAGACAAGGACAAGACGUUGGAUGAAUGUAGUGGUCUUGAUGCAUUUCAAAGGAUUUUGGGAAGAUUGAAUGGUAAUGAGGAUAAAGUUAACAAUGUACUUGAUAUGAAAAGGAAUGAUAAUAUUUUGAAUGGGAAAUGGGGGAUGCGAUUUGUCAAGGGAGAAGUGUUGCUGAGCACAUGGGAUAAGGAUAAUAAGACAUUAAUUUCGUACAAGAAUAAGGAAGAGAAUAAGAAACGAGAUUUUGCUGAAGUGGAGGACGUUGGUGUACAGGAGCCAUUGACGAAGAGACAGAAGAAAGAUACGGUUGAGACUGGUAGAAAGCUGAAUAAACAAGCAGAAGAGAAGGACAAAAAGAGCAAGAAGAAGGAAGAGAAGGACAAGAAGAGCAAGAAGAAGGAAAAGAAGGAAAAGAAGGAAAAGAAGGAAAAAAAAGAGAAAAAGGAAAAGAAAAAAGAAAAGGAAAAGAAGGGAUCCAGGAAGGACAGACUGGGUAAGUCCUCCAAUUCCACCAAUGACGUAUCCAUAUCGCUACUACGAGAAAAGUCUUUAGACUCACCUACACCCGUUCCUGACUCACUGCUGUCUCGAGAUUCCACCCCAACACCCAUAGCAUCAAGGUUAUCGGGAAGAGCUAAAUACAUCAAACAAAAGCGAGCUUCAGUCAUGGACCCAAAAGCAUUGAAUGAGAUUUUCAUGAUAUCUAAAUAG